AUGGCCUCCCUCCAAGCUCUCUUCUGCGCCGCCACGCUCCUCCUGCUCGUCAUCCCGCACGCGUGCACGGCCGCCGCCGCCGCCGCCUCCACCACGGUGCAGGAGCAGUGCGACAGCUACGCCGCCGGCGACCGGAGCAGCUACGACUACUGCGUCUACAAGCUGGGGCGCGACAGCGGCAGCGCCACCGCCGACGCGCGGGGCCUCGCCGCCAUCGCGGCGCGGGCCGCCAGGGCGACGGCCAAGGCUACGGGGGAGAGGAUCGCCGGGCUGCGGGCCAACGAGACGGUCCCGGCGCGGCGGGGCUGCCUGGCGGCGUGCGCCGCCGAGUACGCCGCCGCCGUGCGCCGGCUCGGGCGCGCCGCGAGGGCCGCCGCGCGGCGCGAGGGCGGGGACCUGCGGCGGGCGCAGGCGCUGCUCGAGGAGGUGACGGGCACCACCGCGCGCUGCGACGGCGCGUUUGCGGCCGCCGGGCUGGAGUCGCCGCUGGACGGCGCGGCCCGCGGGCUCGACGACGAGGUCGAGCUGGCCAUCGCCCUCUUGCCCUCGCCGCCAUCGCCGUCGCCACCGCUGCCGACUAGAGCGUGA